AUGUGUCAGCUGAGAUUUUUUUUUUUUUUUUUUUUCCCCACCAAGGCAAAUGAUGACAGUAUUUUGAGUUUCUUCUCUUUUCUGUGCAGGUGUACAUCUUUGUACUUAAAAUGGGGCAUAUACGUGCCUGUGUACCAGGGUGUCGUCACUCUCUUUGUGGUGCUCAAUUUUUCUCUAGCAACAUUCAUGGAUCCAGGAGUCAUACCCAAAGCUUCAACAGACGAAGACCGGGAUGACGAUUUCCGAGCGCCACUGUACAAGAAUGUGGAGAUAAAUGGCAUCACAGUCCGAAUGAAAUGGUGUGUCACAUGCCACUUUUAUCGGCCCCCCCGUUGCUCACAUUGUUCUGUCUGCAACCACUGCAUAGAGACAUUUGACCACCAUUGCCCAUGGGUCAACAAUUGCAUUGGUCGACGGAACUACCGCUAUUUCUUCAUGUUCCUGUGCUCUCUCAGCAUUCAUAUGAUAUCCAUCUUCACCUUCAGUCUUAUACACGUGCUUGACAAGAAGGAUAGUUUGACUGAAACGACCACCAUUGUGAGCAUGGUGGUAAUGGGAGUAAUAGCAGUACUGUUCAUACCCAUUCUUGGCCUGACGGGCUUCCACAUGGUAUUGGUUAGUCGUGGCAGGACAACCAAUGAGCAAGUCACGGGCAAGUUCAGAGGGGGCUACAACCCUUUUUCACGGGGGUGCUGUCGAAACUGUUGCUAUAUAUUGUGUGGCCCCCAGUAUCCAAGUAUCAAACGACCAGCAAAAUAUAUAGGGAGAUAUAGGUUCACACCAUCUUUGAGUCCUCCAGCACCAGUGUCAACAAUAACAAGUCAAAGUCAAGUACGAGUAUAUAUGGACAAUGGUGUUCAGGCACCUAAUUCUACAGCCUACAGUCAAGACACGGCAGGCUUGAUUGCUCAGGAUAACCUGGUGGAGGGGGGAGGGGCCGGAGCAUCAUCUUCGGUCACAGUGAGCACGGGUGGGGCAGGAGAGUGUGAUGACAACAGCCAGCCCCCUCCUGGAAUGAGUCAGAGUCAGGAUUGCGAACCCACACCACCCUUGCCCAGGCAUCCCUCGAAGACUAACUUCUUCCAGCCAGAUGCACCGCCCACACAUCACCACCCGCCGUACCAUCACCACCACCACCACCACGCGUACGUGGACUCCCCUCGUAAGGCAAAUGCUAAUCAGCAGGUCACAAGGCCCCCACGAUCACCAAACUCCUCGAGACCACGAGGCUUGGACGGGCGGUCACGAUCCACGACUCCAGACCCUCUAUCUCCAGACCGCCCGAUGCAGACAUCUCCACCAGUCCCUGGGGGUCCACGCACAGGACCAUCUAGUCCUAGUGGCCAGCAGGUCUACCAGGGUGUUCCAGGUUCUCCAACGUUACAUCAUCGCAUGAAACAGCUAGGAGGGGUUCCAACACCUCUGGCCAUGUCGUCUCCUCUUCGUCGAUCGAACCCCAGUACUCCCACACAACCUCGACGUCCUGAUUUCAUUGGGAUUGGCAAUGAAGGAGGCAGAGUUCCACCACAAUACUACCCACAGUACUCAUAUGAACCACCUCAUAGUUCACACCAAAAUGGUUCACCACAACGUCGGUACAUGUCAGAAUCAGAACUAAUACGGCAGCCACCGGAAACAGGUGGACAGUAUCCUCGUACCACUACAAUGUUUGAUAACAUUCAAGAAUUAGCUGGUUCACCACAACAUGGUCAGUACACUUGGAGGGAUCAGUCACCUCCUCAGUAUUGUCAAGGUGGACCCAGUAACCCAAAUGUUGUCUACCAGACUUGUGGCUCUCAAGAGUAUAGAUCAAACCCAACAAGUCCAACUCAAACAUGUCCUGCACCUCAUUACUAUCCACCAAUACACCAUAGUCAAAUGGCAGGUCCACAUGGUGGCCAUUACCCCACAACUCAUCAACCAUCAUACAAUCAGCACAUGAGCCACCAAGCCCACCAGGGAUAUCCACCCCAGCAACAGAUGGUUGGGCGACGCAACUCAGGACCAAGUUAUGUUGGGCCACAGUCACCACAGAUCAGACGAAAGAAUUAUGCAGGAGGCCUUGUUACUCCUCCUACACCAACAGAGACUGGUCGGCCAAGUCCUGGUCAGAAGAGACCAGUUUCUUUUGUGAGGUCUUUAGAUAUGAUGGACAGUAUAGAGAUGUCAUCACGAGGUCCUCCCCAUCAUCAAGGUCCUCAUGGACCUCCACAUGAAGGUCAUCAUGCCGUGAUACAUAGCCAGAGGUCUCAUGGGGGUACGCUCAGCCCAACACACACUCCCAAGCCUGACCACCGUCUGACAACACCACAAGAUCUUGACCGACGAUCGGCAUAUGACAUGAACUAUGAAAUCAGUGUGUGAAGUACUAACAACCUGUUGCAGAUGCCUAAGAAUUUGAGUGUGUUUUUCAUGUUUGUCUGUAUGUAUGUGUGAACUUGUCUGACCAAAAUGUUAGAGCAGCAGCAGGACAUAAUUAAACUGAAGAACAUUGAUAAGUGUGAAGGUGGUGACGUGUGACAUUGUGCCAAGCUGAACUGUCCAGAUGAGAUAAAAAGGAGGUCAGAGCAACCUGGAAAAAGAAAUAUUAACAAGAAAAUUUUAACUGACCAAGGUACUGACCUCUUCACAAGAGAACUGGGCAAUUCUUGCCAAGUGUGCACCUAUGCUAGUCACAAAUGUUUCUUUUAGGAGCCAUGACUUGAAAUAAGACAUUAUAAAAAGCUUAGUGUAGUGCAGCUGGGGCAUUCAUGGACAAUUGCUGUGGCUGUGGUAAUGCCAGUAGCUUGUUUGUUGCCCUUGUGAUUCAAAAUUGUUUAAGUUUUUAACUUUUUUUUCUUUUUUUUUUAGAAGAUGGGCAUUUAAGAGCGUUCAUUGUUUUGAAUUGAGAAAAUUAUGCUCUUAUUGAACAUAAUUUGAGGAGAAUUUAUUUCCUGUUUCUUAGUGAAAGAAAAAAGUGAGCCAAAGAUGGCAUCGUCAAAUAUUCCCCCACAGAACACUUACAGAACAGUCUUGUCAGGUGCCUCACCACCACUUACACCAGCCCUGUAACUCAUCAACCACAAGCCCUGGGUAGGAGUUGGCAUGCCUCCACAGCCCUUAGAAACUCGGAAGGCUCACAGUAGACCAACAGCCCCGCAAACCAGGACCCACACACGCUGUUCCACCUGCCUCCAACAUUCCUGUUCUGUGUAUAUUUCAUGUAUUUAUACACCUCCCAUCCUGGUAUUAAUAUAGCCAUACACAUUUUCAUUCUCUGCUACAAUCAUAUUCCAAAGUAGAUGAUUACAGUUUGAAAGAAGAAUUAGUAAUUAUAAUGGAAAUCUGUUUCACAGGAACCUUAAUUUUCAUCUCAAUUUUUAUUAGGCUUAUAAUAUUCACACAUAAAUGUAAAGAUUGUGAUUAUUAGAUUUCAAUUCAUUGACAAUCAUGGGUUUUAAUAGAUGAAAGUGCAUAUGUCUAAUGAGAGCUAAAAUUGUGCAUAUUGAAAUGGCCAUUGCAGAUUGCAACCUAAGUAACCCCAUCAGGAGAGUGAGGAAAGUUUUGUCAGGUAAAGACGAUUCUUUCUCUCCCAUCUUUUUCGUCUUCCCAGGAUAUUAGCUGGUACUGGUACUUGGCCACCACCUUUGAACAGUGUCUUGAGAAGGAUGGACAUGAAGACUUGAAUACAAUAAUUUUUUUUCAGUGCAGCUCAAUGACAGAAGCUAUUGUUUGUAAGACUGGAUUAGCAGUGAUUGAUUAUAGUGGUGGUGAUCUUGAUUGCGAUUUUUUGCGCAAGUUUGGAGUUUCGAUUACAAUUAACCAAUAAUGUAAUUGUUUUUAUAUUGAUUACUGGAUGAUUUUACGAAUGUUUUCCCCCAUGAUUUUAUUGUUUUAUAAAUUUUAAUAUUGUUAAUGUUUAUUGAUUUUAGCAGGAAAAAUUAUCUUUGAGCAUAAUUACUUUAGAAACUAACUUGUCAGAACUUCAAGCUACAUUAACAUUCAAGGGUAUGCACAUGCUCUACUGUUCUUUUCUUUAUAACAAUUGUCUUAAAUCAGUAGUGAUUAAAGAAAUUGGAGCUAUAAUUGAAGUUCUUGUGGAAAGACAAUCAUAAGCAAAAGAACCAAAUGAAUACAUUGCUCCUUUCAAGUCAUAAAUAUUUGGAUUAGAUAGGUUUGAGAGUUGAGUGACAUAAAUAUUACCAUAGCAUUGAGUGCUAAUGUUGAGAAGGAAUGAGCUGUGACCAGUAGUUGAUAAGGGUAUGUUUAAUUAUAUCCAUCUUUUAGUGCAUGUUUUUGACAUCUUUGGCACUGUGCCAACUGUGUUUAUAUAUUGCUUGACCAUCACAGUGUUGAGGCUGAUGAAUUACUUCAAAAGGAAAGAUUUAUACUGAAAUCCCUGUUCUAUUUUGAGUAUAGCCUAUUAGUACUUUUUAUACUUAGUCUUCAACUCUCCCUUUAAUCUCAUGAAAUAUUUAUGAUCACAGUUUUAUGAUUUGUUGUUUGUACUUAUUGAUUGUAGUUGGAAAGUUAGAUUUUAUUGAUGUAAAUUCUAUUAUUUGAAUUGAGUUUUCAGUUUAUAAUUUGAACUGAUAUUUCUUUUGAUUAAGAAAAAAAAGUAGAUAUUCUGGAUAUAUUUCAUAUGCAGUCAAAAUGUACCAAAGGAACAUUAUUUUGGUUACUUUGUAACGUUAUUUAUACGUACCACUUAAAUGCUUUGAUAGUAGAAAUUUUCUAAGAAUAGUCUCAUUGAAUGAAAUUACCAAGCAAGUUUGUAGUUCAGUGAAAUGCAUCCAUCAAAGUUAAAUGCAGAAUUGAUGGCUUUAUAUAAAUUUGUGUGACUUUUUUACUUGGAGUAAUCUUUGUGAAGAUAAGAUCUAUAAGGGCUCUUGGUGUUUGCUUGAGUGGACACAAGAUGUGCACUUAAAUGUUAGUUCUGGGAUCUUAACAAUGUUUAAUUGUAUUUUACAUGUGUCAAUUCUGUUUGUUUAGCAGCAGGUGUGUAAUGUCAAGAAUGUAAAAUUUUAUUAUAGAUUUCCCUGGGAAAGUAUAGAAUUUACUUUUGCCAGCAGAAAAUUUUCAGAUGGACUUUGUGAUGAACUUUGUAUUGAGUGUGAUUUAUUUUUACUUAAAACCAUCACCAUUACAAAUGAAAACCAAGUGAUUGACCUUUUAAAAGACAAGCAUGGGCUGUGUUUGGAGGCUGAUGAUGGGCUAAAUUAUGAUUUUAUAUAUAUAUAUACAUAUAUAUAUAUAUAAUAUAUAUAUAUAUAUAUAUAUAUAUAUAUAUAUAUAUAUAUAUAUAUAUAUAUAUGUUAGAGUGAAGGGUGUGGGUUAAGAGUGAGCAGAAUAUGAAAGUUUUGCUUUGUUAUCAGGAAGGAUAACUGACAGCUAAAAGUAAUAGGCUUUGGGUAAACUGGGUUGUAGAGCAUGAACAUGCCCAGUGGGAAUAGUUUUGGCUUGUCUGAUAAUUGGAAUGGAUUUGGUAAUAUUGUUAUAGCAGGAAAACAGGAAAUAAUGAUUUGAUUAAGGGAAUAGUGUAAUAGAAAAGAUCAGACAUUUUUCAUAAUCUGUAGGCGAAACUGGCCAAGUUUUUUUCCUUGUUUUUUUUCAUUGUUUUUAGUUCUAUUCCCAACUGGAUAACUUCACUGCUAUAUAUAUAUAAAAAAAAAAAAGUGUUAGGAAUGUAAACCAUUAUUUUCAUUUUGAUGAGCAAAUAAGUACCAAUUUUUGGAAGAGCAGAACCCUUGUUCUUGCUCCUAGGUGUUUUAUAAUGCCAGAUGGGUUCAUUCUAGGUUAGCAGGAAUUCCCCGAAAUUUCCAAAAGUAGCACGAAGCUAAUGCCCAACCCAUCCAUAUACCCCUUCCCCCCAGCCCACCCACCCACCCAACACCAAUCAGGAAGUGUCUUGGACCUUAGAAUCCCUCAUAAUGUAGCAAUUUGUACUACCUGUUUCUACAAGGCUUUACCCCCCUCCCCCCACACCCCACAACACCAUCCCAUGCUUUCAGAAUUUUAUUUUAAUUUAUUGAAAAUAAAGAGAGUCUUUCUACAGUUUGUAUGAUUAUUUUCUUUUUAUGAUUCUUAUUCUUGACAUAGGUUUUGGUGUGAUGUUAAUUUUUCCUCAUGAUGGCUCCUCCGGAAGCAGCCCAGUGUCAUAUGAGAUGUCCCCUUUUAUAAUGAAACAUACUGUUGACUUAUUCCACUACAGAUAUAAUUUUUGAUAGUUAUUCACAACUGACUUUUCACUUUAGAAUCAUUUGCACUUUCACUGCAGCUAUGUGGUGAGUAUUUAUUUUACUUACACUGUUAACAUAUUGAGUAAAAAAAAAGGAGCCGAGCACUUUGUAUUGAUUGAAAAAAACAGUAGUAACCAAAGAAGUGGCACAAGUAGGCAAAUGCAUAUUGUAAAUUCAAUUUCCAAAAUUGUGUUGUAAAACUUAAGCUAUUUAGUUUAUAUUUUGAUAUUUUUGUAAGGAACUUGCAUACUCCGAGAACUUCCACCUUUUAUUACUACUGGGAAAAUAAUUUAUCUUGCAAGAGUAUGUGCCAUAUUUUUUCAGGAAUUUUUUUUUUUUUUUUUUUUUUUCCUUUAUAUCUAUAUUUAAGCACCUAUUUAUACAUAUAUUCAUAUAAUUUUUUAUUAUGAAUAUCAGCUGCUUCACAUUCAUUUCAAGGUUUAUGGUAAUGAUAAGCAUCUUCUGCCUCAACACUAAUUGAAAGAACUGGAAACUUUGGGGACUUGUUCUUCAGUAGAUUGUGUUCUUGGAUCUUGCUUAUUAAUCUUUGUAUCCCACUGGCAUUUAAAAAAAAAAAAAAGUUUUAUAACCUGAUGUGUCACUUAGGACUGAUUAUACCACUUUCAUAAUGGUCUAAAUAUAGGUUUUCUAUAUAUAUUUUUCAUUUUGCCUUUUUAAUCAGCCAUUCUCAUCCAUAUGUACAUCAUCAUUGUCAUAACAUUUAUUCUUCCUCUCCAUUCCUGACAUGCUGAUGUCGAGAUUGCAUCACCCAAUUUGCCUUUCCAUCAGCCCAGCCCAUCAUCUUUUUUCCACAUCAUGUCAUUUUAAUCAUAGUCAUAUCAUUUCAUCAUCCCUCCCUUUCCCUUCAUGUAAAAAAUGGGUCAUGUCACACUGUAACCAGACCUUAGGGCAGCCUCUGUAAAUGUUAAGUUCUUUCUUAUAUCUCGUCAUUAGCUCAGAUCACUUAUUCUGUAAACAGUUCCCCUCCAGAUUUCCCCCAGCAUUAUCAUCAUGUCAGUAAUCACUUGUCUUGAGAUCGAUCUUCAUUGUUACAAUUGUAGUGACACCCGUCUGCCAGACUGUCAUUCCACACACUCACCAUAAGUGUAUUUGUCUCUAGGAUUUACCAGGACUGCAUCCUUCUAUCUCAGUAUGAUUGGUCUCUCAUGCAUAAUCCUAGCCAUUCCUCCAUUCCCAAAUCCUGUGUUCUUUAAAAUUAAUCCAUUUUUGUUCCCCCUGUUCCUCCAUCCUCUUCCAACUUUCUGUUCUUAUAGCCAAUCAAUGUUUUCCUUGUGUUCCAGAUCACAGCCAGCUCACGCAUCUACUAAUAUAUCCCCCUCCUUUUUUCUUGUGUUCUCUCUCCAUGUCCACUUUUAAAAAUCUGAUUUCCAUGCUUAUCUCCAUGUCCCUAUGACUGUAAUCAUUCCUGUACAUAUUUAGAUCAAUACCUGUGUUGACAUAAAUCUCAUUCUGUUAAGUAACCUGCUACUAUAUUGUCUAAACAGGUCAAUGUACUGAAAUACCCAAAAUCUGUAGUAUCCUUCUUUUAGUCUUGAACCUUUUGCAACGUACAACUUUGUCCCAACUGUAGGAUGCGUUUCUAUGUUGUAUCCUUGAUAUUUUCCCUGAACAUAGCAUCCAAAAGGUCAUUAUAACUUGCUCCAAUGACCUUUAAUGCUCCAGUCUUUAACCACCAUGAACUCCCAGCACCAACUGCCUCCGAUCAGUUAACCUUUCCUUCGACUGCCAUACCCACCAUACCCACCUCUCACCCAUGUAAAUACCUCUCCACCAACUGAUUUCCUACCUUUAUCUCAUGAAAGGUCCCUUACAACUUCGGCUUUUUUUUAAUUGUCUGCAAUGUACAUAAGAGGCUGCUUGUCGAUCUCCCCUUAGUCAUUUGUAUAAAGAAUUUACAAAUUAAAGAGAAAAUAUGUACAUAAA